GACAUCACGAAAGCUGAGCAAAGACGUUGGUCGUCCCAUGACUCCGCUUGAGAAAAGUUCGGAGGACUGUGCUACGACGUUCCCUUUUUUAAAAGCAGAUCACAGCCCUCUUCGAGUUUUUAAACUCAUGAUGUUGCUCCGGACCACGCUCAGACUUCGCGAAAUGAAUACGUCACGCCCGAGCGCGACGGAAGCGCCUGCGGCGAUUUACCCAAGAAAGACCGAACGCUUCUUUUCAAACACGGGAAAAAUCACCAAAUUCACAAUUCCACUCGGAGGCCGCUUCCCGCCCCCGGGCCAGCAGGCCGCCUGCGCAACUUUACCGCACACCGAGUGAAGCUCCGCCCCGAUCGAGCGAAAACUACGGUGGCCUGGAAGGGGAGGAGCCGGUGCGAGAAAGAGGCAGCGGCAGGGGUGGGAAAAAGGCGGGAGUUGUGGGAGCAGGACAGGGGGCGGGGCAAGAUGGCGCGGGAACGCGAGAUGCAGGACUUCAUCCGGAGCCUCUUCCGGGGUGGCCCCGACCUGAGCGUGCUGACCCACUCCAUCGUGCGACAGAAGUACCUGGCCCACGUGGGCCUGGACCACCUGGACCCCGAGGACAAGAAGAAGCUGAAGCGGCUGGUGGAGGAGGAGCUGCUGAAGAUGCAGGUGGAGGGGGAUGAGGAGGAAGAGAAGGAGCUGCUGCCUGGGGAGCAGGACCGGGUGAAGCGGCCUCUCAGCCCGACCGGCGCCUCCAGAACGUCCCAAGCCAAGAAGAGGAGGAAGCCGUGCAUCAACUCGGAGACAGAACACAGCUCGGAUGACUCCGGCCUCGAUCCCCAGCCCGAGAGCCCCCCGAGCUCCCCAAGGUCCCUGGCAGGGAAUGGGGUGACAAGGAAAGAUUGCUGUUUUUCUGAGGAGGGGGCGAAGGAGCCCGAGGAGAGUCUGACUCCAUCCAAGAAGACGACCACCAAGGAGAAGGAGGACCCUGAGGAAGGGAGCGAGGAAGAGGAGUUUAGGGCCCUUGUGAGAAAGAAGGGAGUAAAGGAAGUGUUGGAGGAGGAGAGCGAGAGCAGCAGUGAGGAGGAAGCCUGUCCCAGACACAAGAGUAGGGUUGGGAAGAAGGAAGCGACAAAGCCAGGUAAGGAGGAGCAGAGAGGGAAUCCUAGAAUGAAGGGCGCGAGGAAGGUGGCCACAGUGAGCGACAGUGACCAGACUGACAGCGAUGGGGGGGACAGAGGUACAGCUGGGAAGAAGAGACCAAAACCCCCAGAGGAGACCAAGGAGUAUCCCGCCAGGAAGAGGGUGGUGGGAAAGCCAGGGAAGGAGGAAAGUAAUGAAGAUAAUGAGAAAAAAGACCUGGCCAAGAAGAGGGAGCCCAAACCGGUUACUGAAGAGAACGCCAGGUCUAAAGGGAGCUCUGGGAAGAAAGGAAUGAGAAAACUGAUGAAAGACGACAGCACCAGCAGCGAUGAGGAGGAAGAGGAAAACAAUGAGUGUGGCAGGGACCAGAAAGUAAGGGGAGGGAAGCGAGGGGGGAGGCAAAUAAAAACUCCGAGAGACCGGGUAACCCCAAGGGGAGGGAAGAGGUCAGCAAAACAGAGCGAGAGCAGUGAGGAAGAAGAGAGGGACAAGGGGAAGAGCACUUCCGGGAAGAAGGGAGAGGAAAAGACUGUGGAGGAAGAGAGUGAGGAUAGCAGUGAGGCAGAGGAAAAGGGAAUGAAAAAAGUUGACAGUGAGGAGGAAAGCAGAACGGAUGACAGCAGCAAGAGUUGCUCCAGGAAGAAGGGAGCCAAAAAAGUCGAGAAUGAGUCUGAAACAAGUGAAGAUGAGGAAGAAAGGACAGGAAGGACCAAGAAAAAGGAGGCCAAAAAGAGCCGAGCACCGCCCUCUUCCACUUCCUCACAGGAUAGUAGCCCAGAGGCCAAAUCAGGGAAGGGUUCUCGAAGAGGAGAGGACCACCCUGCGGUCGUUCGGCUAAAGCGCUACAUCCGAGCCUGUGGUGCCCACAGAAAUUACAAGAGGCUUUUGGGUUCCUGCCGCUCUCAUCAGGAACGACUCAGAGUCCUCAAGGCAGAACUGCAAGAUUUAGGCUUAGAGGGUAACCCUUCCCUGGAGAAGUGCCGAGCAGUGAAGGAGCGAAGGGAGGAGGCAGCAGAGAUGGCCUCUUUGGAUGUCAGUAACAUCAUCAGUAGUUCAGGACGAUCUCGGAGACGCAAUGCCUGGAACCCACGUGGGGAAGUUGGGCUACCCCAGGAGGAGCUGUAUCACCGAAGAGCCCUAGAUUCAGAUGGAGAUGAGCCAAAGGCCCAUCCACCACCUACUGAUUGGUCAAACCUUCGGGGUAUCAUCAGCAGUGAUGGGGAGAGUGACUAAACUACCCCACAGCUUCUAGAAGCCACAGUGCCUCUGAGCAUACAGAAGAAUCUGCUCCUGUCCUUGUAUAAAGUGUAUAGAGCACCCCCUACUGGGUCUAAGUAUUUAUAAAUGUAUUUUCUUUCCUGUUUCCAGUUUUGUCUGUAAGUGGUAGGUGAAUCUUUUUCUUACCUGCAAGGGUGAAUGUAACAGAAGCAGUGGCUUUCAUACCCACAAGGAUAAAGUUGCCCAAGUCUGGGUUCUUAGGUUCAUGUUCUCAUGUGUUUGACUGAAAUGUUGGUAUUUGUGUGGGCUUUAAAAGUCUCAAUAAAUGAAUAUUUGUUA